CUUGGCCAAAGGGGAAGAGGAGGGACACGCGCCCGGCCGCAGCCACUUCCGGAAGUGACGUAGGAGUGUCAACAUGCAAGAUGGCGGCCCAUCACCGGCAGAACACGGCCGGGCGGAGAAAAGUGCAGGUUUCCUAUGUGAUCCGAGACGAGGUGGAGAAGUACAACCGCAACGGGGUCAACGCCCUGCAGCUGGACCCGGCACUAAACAGACUGUUCACGGCCGGCCGGGACUCCAUCAUAAGGAUAUGGAGCGUCAACCAGCACAAGCAAGAUCCGUAUAUAGCGUCCAUGGAGCAUCAUACAGACUGGGUCAACGACAUCGUGCUCUGCUGCAACGGGAAGACGUUAAUAUCUGCUUCUUCUGACACAACAGUAAAAGUAUGGAAUGCACAUAAGGGCUUUUGCAUGUCAACAUUGAGGACACAUAAGGAUUAUGUGAAGGCCUUAGCAUACGCCAAGGAUAAAGAACUGGUAGCCUCGGCUGGGUUGGACAGACAAAUAUUCCUUUGGGAUGUGAAUACUCUAACAGCGUUGACUGCCUCAAAUAACACUGUCACAACUUCUUCUUUAAGCGGGAACAAAGAUUCCAUUUAUAGCCUGGCCAUGAAUCAGCUGGGAACCAUCAUCGUAUCAGGGUCCACUGAGAAGGUUUUAAGGGUGUGGGAUCCCAGGACAUGUGCAAAACUCAUGAAGCUCAAAGGGCACACGGAUAAUGUGAAAGCAUUGCUGUUGAACAGAGAUGGCACACAGUGCCUCUCCGGGAGCUCCGACGGGACGAUUCGCCUGUGGUCCCUCGGCCAGCAGAGAUGCAUCGCCACGUACCGAGUCCACGAUGAAGGCGUCUGGGCCCUGCAGGUCAACGAUGCCUUCACACACGUGUAUUCUGGGGGAAGGGACAGGAAGAUUUACUGUACGGACCUGAGAAACCCUGACAUUCGCGUGCUAAUUUGUGAAGAAAAAGCACCAGUUCUCAAGAUGGAGCUCGAUAGGUCAGCCGACCCCGCCCCUGCCAUCUGGGUGGCGACAACUAAGUCUACAGUGAACAAGUGGACGUUGAAAGGAAUCCAUAAUUUCAGAGCAUCAGGAGAUUACGACAAUGACUGCACAAACCCUAUAACGCCCCUUUGCACGCAGCCUGACCAGGUUAUUAAAGGGGGUGCCAGUAUUAUUCAGUGCCACAUUCUUAAUGAUAAGAGACAUAUAUUAACCAAAGAUACAAAUAAUAAUGUGGCAUACUGGGAUGUAUUGAAGGCAUGUAAGGUUGAAGAUCUUGGCAAAGUGGAUUUUGAAGAUGAAAUUAAGAAAAGAUUUAAAAUGGUCUAUGUGCCAAAUUGGUUCUCGGUAGACUUGAAAACAGGGAUGUUGACGAUCACCCUGGAUGAGAGUGACUGCUUUGCUGCCUGGGUUUCUGCAAAAGAUGCUGGCUUCAGCAGCCCUGACGGGUCAGACCCAAAACUGAACUUAGGAGGCCUUUUACUCCAAGCACUCCUAGAAUAUUGGCCUAGAACUCAUGUGAAUCCAAUGGAUGAAGAAGAAAAUGAAGUCAACCACGUCAACGGGGAGCAGGAGAACCGAGUGCAGAAGGGCAACGGCUACUUCCAGGUGCCCCCCCACACGCCCGUCAUCUUUGGCGAAGCUGGAGGCCGCACGCUCUUCAGGCUGCUCUGCCGAGACUCCGGGGGCGAGACUGAGUCCAUGCUGCUCAAUGAGACAGUGCCGCAAUGGGUAAUUGACAUCACUGUGGACAAAAAUAUGCCCAAAUUCAACAAAAUUCCUUUCUACCUCCAACCUCAUGCAUCUUCAGGAGCAAAAACCUUAAAAAAAGAUAGGCUGUCUGCUAGUGACAUGCUCCAAGUCCGGAAAGUCAUGGAACAUGUGUAUGAGAAAAUCAUCAACUUGGACAAUGAGUCUCAAACCACUAGCUCUUCUAAUAACGAAAAACCAGGAGAACAGGAGAAAGAGGAGGACAUUGCUGUGUUGGCAGAGGAGAAAAUCGAACUUUUAUGCCAGGAUCAGGUUCUGGAUCCGAAUAUGGACCUUCGAACAGUGAAACACUUCAUAUGGAAAAGCGGUGGGGACCUCACCCUCCACUACCGUCAGAAGUCCACGUGAAGAGCGGGCCAGCUCCUGGGUAUUCAUUCGCUACCUUCCUCUCUGGCCCCAAGAGUAGUCCUAGGAGAAGCCCACCAAGCCCCAACGGGAGCAAGACUUCUAACGGCCGACCUGGUACGGACCGAGAUUCCCUUUCAGUUGAAGUGACUAAUCGAAGUGUAAUAUAGAAACCAGUCUCCACGUGUAGAUUAAGCUGUCCCCAGGGAAGCAGCCUGUCUUGGCGAUGGACAGAGAACUGAGCACAGGCCAGUGCAGACUUGGCUUCCUCCUUUUGUUUGAAAGGACCUUGUCUUUGUCUGUUAGCACUUGUUAAGAGACACAUCAUUGGGCCGCAUCUGUUACUGUGUUUCAAUCUCAAACCCACAUGCUCCAUAGCUUUUCUGAGAGUACAUUCCAUUCAUGCAGCACCUUUGAAGGCUUUUUCCAAGUUUGUCAUAAAAAACUUAUCAAAUUGUUUUCACCAUUUAAGACAAUUAUUUUUAAUGCGAAUUGCUGUUGCACAAUUCGAGAGCCAGCCCAUUUCGUAAUAAAUGGUUAAUAUUGGGCUUCUUUUUAAUAUUGCAUCUCAGAUGUGUUCUUGUAGAAAGAUCUGCUGCAAUUUUAGGUGCUGGGUCAGAGCACUUGGACUGUGGGGUGGGCGCUGCCUUGCUGCGGCAGCCCGGGGGAGGCACCUGUUUCCCUCCCUCCUCCUGCGUGCAGUUGUAUUCAUGGGUAGAGCCAGCUGAGACUACAGGUUUUCGCCGUGGGCGAGCAGUAGGACACCAUCAGAACUUAAGACCAUGAUGAAACUAUAAUUUGAUUCAAAUGCUACCUAAAACGUAUGGUGUCAAAGUAGAGGGAGAGCACAGCGAGCUUGAAUGUCGUAUCCUGGAAGUAUACAUGUUUGUUUUUCCAAAGUUUUGUAUGCAGAUUUUUGUUAUCUGUAUCAGAUCUUCUUUUCACUGUUCUUUCUAACAAUCUAAAGCUUUCAUAGAAUCAUUUGGAUCUUGUACAGAAUAUAACUUAUUGGGGAUAAACACUUGGACUUUUGGCAGGAAAUUCUCUGGAUUCCCCCCAAGUUCUUUGUAUUCAGAAUAGUUCGAUGGUCCUGUACGCAGCCAGAAGCACAAGUGCCUUCGGCGGGCAGUUCACCCCCGUCGCCUCGCCAGCUCCCGGCUCUUCCGGCCUGGGACGGGGUGGGGGGUGCGCAGGUGUUUUCUUUUCUACAUCUUCGCAGGGUCCACCGGGGGCAGCUCAUGGGCUCAGGCCCACCCCUUACUAUUGAGAUUCUGAUCCGCACAACUGCAGACAGGGUUCCCUCCCCACUGGGCAGCUUCCUUUGGAAAGUGGACAGGUCACUGCCUCCUGCACUUUGAAGAUGUGCGCAGUCACGUCGCCAACGAGCUGAAACGGUCUUUCUCCCUUCCUCGAGUCCUUUCUAUUUGUUGAAUACAGCAGUGUGCUUUUGGUGCACCUUUUUUUUUUAGCAAUAGUUGUGAAUUCAUGGCAAAAAAAAAAGAUAAAGAUAAAAAUUACCAGCCCUCAGUUGCAUCUGCACACGGGGCCUUGGUGCGAAAGGCACAGCUGCUCCCAGGCCACUCUGCCCCGUGUGCCGGGCCCAGGGCGGCCGUGCUCCGUCACGGACCUGACCCCCAGCAUGACCGUACCUAUUCUGUCCCUCCAGUCAAACCGUAAUACCAUUUCCGGAAAAUUUGAGUCUGCCAUGCCAAAAGGGUAUAAAACCGUAUUUCACAGUUGUAUAGAAUAAAAGCUUUAGUUAAAAUAUUUCAAA